AUGCCACAAACCAUCCAACUCAAGGCGCCGAAUAGGAAACAGUGGGAGCAGCCGACAGGGCUCUUCCUUGAUCAUGAAUUUGUGGAUUCUUCGUCCCCUUCGAAUACGAUAUCGUCAAUAGACCCUGCCACUGAGGAGGAGAUCACUGUAGUCCAGACCGUCACUGCGGAAAAUUACAUCGAUGUUACUGAACGCGGAAGGCUCAUAGCGAAGUUGGCAGAUUUGGUCGAGGAGAACAAGGAGCUUCUUGCAACAACGGUCGAUGCCUGGGGCAAUGAAUUGUGUAGGGCAAGCUAUACGACAACGCCCUCAAUGAGGAUCUUCCCCAAGUCGGUUUCCGUUCUCCGUUCCUGUGUUGGCUGGGCAGAUAAGAUCUUUGGCCAGGCUGUUAAUGCCACGCGCCAGAAGUCUGCGUAUACGAUCCGCCAGUCCGUUGGUGUUAUCGCCCAAGUUAUUCCUUGGAGCUAUCCCUUGCCCAUGGCAUGCUGGAAAAUCGGCCCUGCUCUUGCUUGCGGAAACACUGUGGUACUCAAAGCCGCCGAACAAACGCCUCUGCCAACUCUCAUCUUAGCCAGCCUCAUUGAGCAAGCUAGGUUCCCACCGGGCGUGGUGAAUAUCCUGAAUGGUCUAGGAAAGGAGGCAGACACGGCAUUAGUACAGCAUCCGUUGGUCGACAAGGUUUCCUUUGCCGGUUUCACAGCUACAAGCCACACAGAUCAGGAAGGUGGGCUGUAUUCCGGCAGCAAGUCAAAGAAAGUAUCCGUCAUUAGCGACCAGUGGAGCGAGUGUCUACCUUCCAGACCCCUUCUCAAAGUGACCCGGCAGCAAUACGAACGGAUGCUCUCAUACGUAGACACUGACAAGUCGGAAGGCGCGCAGCUCCGCGAGAGCGGUGAAGCCCGCAACAGCUGCGGCUACUUCGUCAAGCCCACUGCAUCCUCCACCAAAGCGGCAGCCCAGCAUGCGCAUCUACCGCGAAAGAAAAAAAACCCCCAUUCGGACCUAUUGCCGUUGCGAGGCGAGGCUGGCCUCGAUGCUUACUCCCAGGUCAAAGCCGUGCAUAUUAAUAUGGGGACUAAGCUCUAA